GGUUGCCUUGGUUCGUAAAAUCAAGUCUCGUCCACUCUCAAAAACACUGAGAAUAUCACGAGCCAUCCAACUGCAAGACAUUGCCGUCGCUGCUGUCGUCAUCUUCCUGAAAGCUGACAUGAAAAACCGAAAUGCAGAUCAUCAAGGACAUCGCCGUGAUAUACAAAAUAAUAAGGCACCUCAGGAUUUUUUGGUAGUAGAGGACGAGGUCGUGGGCCGUCACUAUAUCGCCACAAGGGACCUCGCUGUUGGAGAAACCAUUAUCAGAGAGCCACCAUUGUUCUCUGGCUCCGGUUGGACUCCCGUUCCCAUAUGUCUGGGGUGCAACUUGGCGCUGAAGGAAGAAACUGCUGUACCUUGCGCGAGAUGCUCAUGGCCUCUUUGUGCCACCUGCAUAGACCAUGGACCGGAAUGCCAUUUCAUUACUACUCGAUGUUACGGAAAGGUGACUAUUAUAUUAAAGAACUCAAAUUCUGGCACACUGUUAUUGGAUUGUUCCGAAAGUUUGUAGCGGUUCUUCAAGUGACCUAUUU